ACAGUUUAGUGUCCCUGAACGCACCAUCUCUUCUUCACGGCACGAAGCAGCAGCAGAGCAGCUGUCAUGUGAAUCAGCUGGACGAACAAGGAAGGGGGAUAAACAACAACACCAACCCGCAUUUCUCUAUCAAGGUUUGACCUGGUGAGGUGGCAGGAUGGCGGGAGCAGAGGUGUUCACCCCUGCUAACCCCACCUGCAAGAUUAUGACCUUCAGGCCCACCAUGGAAGAGUUCCAAAACUUCAACCAGUACCUGGUGUACAUGGAGUCUCAGGGCGCACACCGUGCAGGCCUGGCUAAAGUGAUUCCUCCAAAAGGCUGGAAGCCCCGUCGUACCUACGACGACAUAGACGAUCUGAUGAUAGACGCUCCCAUACAGCAGAUGGUGGCUGGCCAAUCAGGGCUCUUCACUCAGUACAACAUCCAGAAAAAGCCCCUUAGUGUGCAGGAGUUCAGGCGGUUGGCUAACAGUGACAUGUACUGUACACCUCGCUACCUGAACUAUGAAGAUCUUGAGAGGAAAUACUGGAAGAACCUCACCUUCGUCUCGCCAAUAUACGGCGCUGAUGUCAGUGGCAGCCUGUAUGAUGAGGAUGUGGAGGAGUGGAACAUCGGCCACCUGAACUCCAUUUUGGACGUGAUCGAGGAGGACUGCGGCGUUUCGAUCCAGGGGGUGAACACGCCGUAUCUUUACUUCGGCAUGUGGAAAACCACUUUCUCCUGGCACACUGAAGAUAUGGACCUGUACAGCAUCAACUACCUGCACUUUGGAGAGCCCAAGUCUUGGUACGCCAUCCCCCCUGAGCACGGGAAGAGACUGGAGCGUCUGGCUACAGGUUUCUUUCCCAACAGCUUCAAGAGCUGUGAAGCUUUUCUUCGUCACAAGAUGACUCUAAUCUCCCCGUCCAUACUGAAGAAGUACGGCAUUCCCUUCGAUAAGAUAACUCAGGAAGCUGGAGAGUUUAUGGUCACCUUCCCUUAUGGCUACCAUGCUGGGUUCAAUCAUGGUUUCAACUGUGCCGAGUCCACCAACUUUGCCACUGUGCGCUGGAUAGACUAUGGCAAAGUGGCCACGCAGUGCACAUGUAGCAGAGACAUGGUUAAGAUAUCCAUGGAACCCUUUGUGAAGCGUUUUCAACCUGACCGCUACCCUAACUGGAUGCUGGGCAAAGAUUCGACCCCUAUCGACCACACACAUCCCACUCCCGGCUCCACGCCCGAGCUGCAGAGCUGGCUGCAGAGUAGGCGCAAGACCAAGCCCGCUAAUAAAGGCAGCCACUCUCGUAUGCGCUCCAAGCGCCUCAGAACCACAGAGGAGCCCGUUGGCCUGGAUGGCAGCUCAGCAUUGAACAGCACUAAGAGGAAAGGUCUGGGUGGUCCGCUCGGGCCCAAGGUUCGAAGGUCGGCGUCAGGGGCAACCUGCAGAGAAGAGGAGAAGGAGAAGAAAAAGGAAGCCGAGUCGAAGCACAACCAGAAUCACAACUACUUUCAGCUACCCGGUCCUUGCAGACAGAUGUGUGUGGUCAAGGUGAAUCGUGUAGAGAGUAAUGGUUUGGGAUUUUCCACCAAGGGGCCUUCCGAUAACUCUCCCUGCAGCACCUUUACCUCCGCCGCGUCAACCGUCAAGAAUGACCCAAAUGCAAAAACAGACACUCACAUUGACCCUCCACACCUCUCAGGGUCAGGGGUCCCGAGCAGGACUCCUGAAGGACUCAGACCAUGGCCGGAGGCUGCACAGAUACAUCCUGGAAAUAACGAGCCAAGGUGCUGCUCUCCUGAACCACAAGACCUCUCGACUCUUCAGGGCUGCUCUAUCAGGGUGCCUCCCCGAGAGGCAAACAGACUCAGCUCACCUUCCCACACAACGAGCUCUUCAGCUGAGCCUGAGAUGAGCUUGUGUCCUCCCGACUGUGAAGCUCAGGCGCCUAGUUCCUCAUGUAGAGAAGACACUUUAAGCCUAAUGCCAAACACUGACAGCUACAUGGCCACGGGUUCUGAGAAAAACACUAACAAUGCUGCUAAUGCAGAGAAAAUGGACACGGUAGCUGAGCCAAAAUGUAUCAAACCACACUCUAAUGCAGAAGCACUUUACAAUGUCAAAACUGAGCCGGUAGAGGGGAAAGGUCACACGUCAUGUGGCCCCUUCAUGGACUUAGAAAAAAGCAACACUGAGGAAAAUCUUUUCCCUCCUCUGCUACAGAGGAAUGCUGUGGAUAUGCCACAGCUCACUCCAGAGCCUGCAGAUAAGCUUGGAAUCUGCCCUUUGCCGCCGCCUGUAUUGACCCAAGAGAUGCCCUCGCUCACUCCUGCUAACGACGGGCUGAGGGAUGUCCCAAAGUCCAGACGGUGCAGGGACCACGUUGCACCUGUGCUUCAACGUGAGACGCCAACUGGCUCUCCUUCCUCACAUGGAGAGAGAGAAACGGACCCAAUGACGGCAAAAAAAGAACCUCUUGCUGUAAAACUAGCCAACAACUGGCAUUCAGAUUCUCCGUAUAAUUGCACAGGGGCAGCAGUAUCUGUUUCAGAGGGCAACAUGGCUCAUUUAACCACCAAUGCUACGCACAGAAUAACAUCUGGUGGUGUCCAUGAAAUGCUAAUAACAGCAGGAAUUGCCGCAGAAAGGGCUCAUACCGAGCUGGAAAAUGUAACUGCUGGACAGACCGAGGCUUCCCCUCGCCAGCUAGUUCAAAGCGCCUCAUCUCAAACAGAGCAGCAAUACAGCUUAGCAGAGUUAGCAAAUAAAGACAACUCAAAGGACCCAGUACAAAGAGGCGGUGCGUCGAGUCUGAGCAGGGCUGGUUCUCUUUUAAGUGGCUCCUCAAACAAUAAUCCCCCGGCCCCUUCCCCUGCAGUAUGCACUCAGAGUGACAGUCACUCAGCAUCUCAGCACAACACUACAUACCCCCCCUCGCUUUGUGCUACGCAGAACUCAUACUUAGAGCCCAAACCUUUCUCCAGCAGCAUCUGGAAAAACUUCAAUUCCCAGAGUCCCGCUGUGCUCAUCCAGAGUUUGAACCCCGAUCUGCCCUCCGACUUCACCCACGACACUCUACCUUACACCAUGUGGACCGAACCGCAGUGCAAAGAGGUCACCGACCUGGAUGACGCGCAUCAAGGCCUGCGGGAGUCGGAGAGCCUGGAAGAGGAGGCGGGGCCUCUCACCUGGGCCCAGCUGGAGCCCACCUCGCUGGUUUCUGUCGGCGCUCUUGAACCCAUGGGGAUUUGUGGAGAUUAUGAACUCCACAGAGGGGAGGCCGAAGGGUCUGAAGCGCUGUCCUUGUGCAGGGAGCUGGAGAGACAAAGAGACGCAGAGGAGAGUUUACACUCAGACACUUCUGUUUCACCUCUCGGGGUGGCUGGAGGAGAACAGGAUGGGGUGUCUGAUAUGGAAGAAGGGGGAUCCGAUGGCGAUGAGAUGGAGCAGCAAAGUAUUGCCAAGGGAGAAAGUAGUAGUGACUCAUCGGAUGAAGAAGAGGAAGAGGAAGAGGAGGAAGAAGAAGAAGAGGAGGAGGAGGAGGAGGAAGAGGAAGAAGAAGAAGAUAAUACGACUAACUUCAAGUGUGAUGAAUUAGGCCUGGAACCUGGAGAGGUUUGUGCUUACCCGGCGCUGUCGGUGAAGAGGACGUCUAAGAGCUGGCGUCACCCACUCAGGAAACCUACUGCACGGGCUGUACCCACUGCUGUCAAACAACAAGUCGCCAGUGAUGAUGAGCCCACUGAAGCAACCUUGGCUGAGGAGGAGGAGGAGGAGCAGGAAAUAGAAGCGUGGGCGAAGCCCCUCAUCUACCUGUGGCAGAACAGGAAGAGCUGCUUCACAGCGGAGAGGGAGUACAAUGCUCAUUCAGCCACAAUGGAGCCAUUCUGCGCUGUAUGCACACUCUUCAUGCCCUAUUAUCAGGUCGAAGACAAAGCUGAGGACAAUUCGUCUAUCGCUGCUGAGGAUUGCGCCACACCUUCAUCUCCAGUGGAGGGCCCCACACGUCCCUGUAGGAGUCUGCGGAGGACUAAACCUCUGGUCCCAGAGAUCUGCUUUUCUUUCCGGGAGCAGAAUUGCCCCCCGACUCCCACUAACCCUCUGCUGCAGGAAGAUGGCACCUCCCCUCUCCUCUACUGCCAGGGCUGCUGCCUGCAAGUACAUGCAAGUUGCUAUGGUGUUGCUGCAGAUGACGUCGGUGAACAGUGGUCUUGUGAUCGCUGUACGGAGGGAAGCUUUACAGCAGAAUGCUGUCUUUGUAACCUCAGAGGUGGAGCCCUGAAAAAAACCCAAAACGACAAAUGGGCCCACAUUAUGUGUGCAGUAGCACUCCCAGAGGCCAGGUUCAGUGAUGAAGCCAAGAGAGCUCCUAUUGACACCAGUAGGAUCCCUAUGCAGCGGUAUAAACUGAGGUGCAUCUACUGUCGUAAGCGGUGCGGGGGGAAGCGGCAGGCCGGUGCUUGCAUCCAGUGCUCGUGUGGCCGGUGUCCCACCUCCUUCCAUGUGACCUGUGCCCAUGCUGCCGGCGUAACCAUGGAGCCGGAUGAUUGGCCGUAUGUGGUGUCGAUCACCUGCCACAGACACCAGUCUCGGAGUUCGUCAGCUAAGCAGCGAGCAUGCCAAGCGUCCAUCGCGCUGGGCCAGACGGUGAUCUCCAAACACAAGAACCUGCGCUACUACAGCUCAAAGGUCACCCAGAUCACGUCCCAGACGUUCUACGAGGUCAUGUUCGACGACGGCUCCUUCUCCAACGACACCUACCCCGAGGACAUAGUGAGCAGAGAUUGUGUGAACUUGGGCCCGCCUGAAGUUGGGGAAGCUGUUCAAGUGAAAUGGCCUGAUGGUCUGUUCUAUGGUGCCAAAUACCUGGGAUCCAACGUCUCCUACAUGUACCAGGUGGAGUUUGAAGACGGCUCCCAGGUUCUGGCCAAACGAGACGAUGUCUAUACGUUAGAUGAAGACCUGCCCAAAAAGGUGAAGCGUAGACUUUCCACCGCGUCGAGCAUGCGUUUCCAGGACGCCUUCUUCACCACGCAGGGGGAGAGGAAACGCCAGAGGACACCCAAUUCACGCUUCCAGAACGACUACGUGGCCCUGCCAGGCCUCCGUACUACUGCCAAAAGCACAUGGGAGCAACGCAGCCACAAAGGGAAAUGAAGUCAUGGGAGGAGGAUGGAUGACAAAUGAAUGCACUGAAUGAGCCGUUGAUGAAGAGGGGGGGAUGUUAGAGAGUGUGUGUGUGUGUGUGUGUGUGAGAGUGUGUGUGUCUGGAUCUACUUCCAUUUUAACAUUUGCCCACACAACUUGUGUGUGUAUCGAUCAGGGGACACAACAUGAGGGAAACGGGUGAUCUGGGUGUGAUGGAUGUAAACUCGCUCGUGUGUGCUCGUACAGUAAACAUCAGUUGUUGGUGAUUGAGUGACGUCACAGGCAAGGAGAAGGACUCUGAUUGGACAAAUGGGACUCUUACAGAACGGGUAAACAGCGGGCAUCGCUGUCUGCCUUCCUCAUGCUUUCACAUCCGUCAGGGAAAAACAAAACGUGACUUACAUUUGUCGCGUCGCCCUUUUUUCAAAAUGAACAAUAACUUUUUUUUUUCUUUGUACAUUUAAAAAAAAAAAAAAAAAAAAAAAAAAAAAAAUCACAGGUGAGAUUUUUUCUAAAUAGCUUGCCUCUGGUAGCUUUUUAGGGGUCCGUUAUUUCCAUUUGUUUUGAUUUUUGGGAUAUUUAUGCACUUUGCUUGUAGUAUUAUUUUCCUCAUGUCUUACUGCUUCUCCCCGCUGCAUGUUCAACACUGUCUCCUAACUGCUUCUGCUGGGGGGGCCGAGUCCAAGAACACGCCAAUGGCUUCCUCUCUGCGCUGCUCCUCGAUCAGUACAGACCGAUCAUUCAUGUAUUUUUGGAGUCGACACUGAAAAAACGGAAUCACUGUUAAAACACAAAAACUAAAAUAAAUAAAAAAAGAUGACCAAAAGUGAAUCACUCCUGGAUGAAUCAUUCAGACAGAAAGCCAUGCCUGUGUGUUGGAUUAUGUGCCCCAUCAAUGUGAAACGCUACUGUUGCUCCUUUUGAAUAAGACACCUUGUUGAAAUUAUUUAAAAUUUGUAUUUAUUUUUGGCUUGCUAUAGUUAAACUAUUGCUAACUGCUGUAAGAAAAACAAUAAAAAAUGACAUAUUUGUUUUUUCAAUUAAA